UAAUCAAUCGAUUGCAUGGAUGGAUGGAUACAAACAAUAACAACCCUUUGUUUUCGCAUACUCUUUCUCUCUCUCACAUUGUAUUCUUCUUCUCUCUUAAUUAGUUUCUCUUAGAUUGUCAUUGCUCAAGAGCACAGAGCUCGUUCUCCUUCGAAAGGCGGAGGCGAGCUCGAUCACAACACCAAUUAAUUAAUUGAUUAAUAAUCUUCACAUUGAUAUCGCGUUAACAGAAGAAACCUGGUGAUGACCUCGGGCCAACACGAAUCAGGCCCACAGGGUCUGCAGAGACGGCCAUCAAGAAGUGCAGCUACAACCACCUUCUCCUUGGAGGUGUUUGAUAAUGAAGUCGUCCCUUCUUCACUUGGUAGCAUUGCUCCCAUCCUCCGUGUUGCCACAGAGGUUGAAGCCGAGCGACCUAGAGUUUCCUAUCUAUGUCGAUUUUAUGCAUUUGAAAAGGCACAUAGAUUGGAUCCAAGCUCUACGGGUAGAGGGGUUAGGCAAUUCAAAACAGCUCUUCUCCAGCGAUUGGAGAGGGAUAAUGCAUCAAGUUUGGCUUCUAGGGUUAAAAAGAGUGAUGCAAGAGAAAUUGAGAGUUUUUAUCAGCAGUAUUAUGAGCAUUAUGUUAGAGCCCUCGACAAAGGGGAGCAAGCUGAUAGAGUUCAACUUGGGAAAGCUUACCAAACAGCCGGAGUACUUUUUGAGGUGCUUUGUGCCGUUAAUAAGACUGAGAAAGUUGAAGAAGUUGCACCUGAGAUCAUUGCGGCCGCUAAGGAUGUCCAAGAAAAGAAGGAAAUCUAUACUCCAUACAACAUUCUUCCAUUGGAUGCUGCUGGGGCCUCGCAGUCCAUCAUGCAGCUUGAGGAGGUUAAGGCUUCUGUGGCUGCUCUCUGGAACACUCGUGGCUUGACUUGGCCUUCUUCGUUUGAGCAGCAAAGACAAAAAGCAGGAGACUUGGACAUCCUUGAUUGGCUAAGGGCAAUGUUCGGCUUUCAGAAAGACAAUGUCAGGAACCAAAGGGAACAUUUGAUUCUAAUGCUUGCAAAUAGUCAUAUACGACUGGUACCCAAGCCUGAGCCCCUUAACAAGCUUGAUGAGCGAGCUGUUGAUGCAGUAAUGAAUAAGCUCUUUAAAAACUACAAAACAUGGUGCAAAUUUUUGGGAAGAAAGCACAGUUUAAGGCUUCCCCAAGGACAACAAGAAGUGCAGCAGAGGAAAAUACUCUAUAUGGGUCUUUAUCUUCUAAUCUGGGGUGAAGCGGCUAAUGUUCGAUUUAUGCCAGAAUGUCUAUGUUACAUCUUCCACAAUAUGGCAUAUGAACUUCAUGGUUUAUUAGCUGGAAAUGUUAGCAUUGUGACUGGAGAAAAUAUAAAACCUUCAUAUGGUGGGGAGGAUGAAGCUUUCCUGAGAAAAGUUAUCACACCACUUUAUCGUGUUAUUGAUCAGGAAGCCCAGAAAAGCAAAAAUGGAAAAGCCCCUCAUUCUGCCUGGUGUAACUACGAUGAUCUGAAUGAAUAUUUCUGGUCAUCUGAUUGCUUCUCUUUGGGUUGGCCAAUGCGUGAUGAUGGUGAUUUCUUCAAAUCAACGCGAGGCCUGACACAGGGUAAACAAGGAAGUCAAAGGAAACCUGAAAAUACUGGAAAAUCUUAUUUUGUUGAGACUAGAACAUUUUGGCACAUCUUUCGCAGCUUUGACCGUAUGUGGACCUUUUAUGUGCUAGCACUGCAGGCUAUGAUAAUUGUUGCAUGGAAUGGCGAUUCACCAUUGGAUCUAUUUCGUAAGGAUAUCUUGUAUACAGUCUCUAGUAUCUUCAUCACAGCGGCUUUCCUGCGCUUCCUACAAAGUGUACUGGACUUUGUUUUGAAUUUCCCUGGGUACCAUAGGUGGAAGUUCACUGAUGUUCUGAGAAACCUUCUCAAGAUAGUAGUUAGUGUUGCAUGGGCCGUUAUUCUUCCACUGUGCUACAUUCAAUCCUCAGCAUCCGCGCCUGAAAAAAUUAGGGAAUUGCUGAAGUGGUUUCGUCAAGUGAAGGGAAUACCACCUCUAUAUAUCAUGGCUGUGGCUUUGUACUUGCUUCCCAAUUUACUAGCAGCUAUUUUGUUCAUAUUUCCCAUGCUUCGGAGGUGGAUUGAAAAUUCAGACUGGCAUAUCAUAAGAUUUCUGUUAUGGUGGUCACAGCCAAGAAUAUAUGUUGGAAGGGGAAUGCAUGAAAGUCAGUUUGCCCUUAUCAAGUAUACUCUUUUCUGGGUGCUGCUUCUGUGCUCCAAAUUAGCGUUCAGUUACUACAUCCAGAUUAAGACAUUGGUGAAGCCAACUAAAGCUAUUAUGAAUGUUCGUCAUGUUCAAUACGAGUGGCAUGAAUUUUUCCCUGACGCUACACACAAUUAUGGUGCAAUUGUUGCUCUGUGGGCUCCAGUGAUUCUGGUUUAUUUUAUGGACACUCAGAUUUGGUAUGCUAUUUUCUCAACCUUGUGUGGUGGGUUCUCUGGAGCUUUUGAUCGUCUCGGAGAGAUAAGGACUCUGGGCAUGCUAAGAUCACGUUUUCAAUCUUUACCUGGAGCCUUCAACGAAUGUUUGGUCCCUUCUGAUGAUACUCGGAAAAGAGGGUUUUCUUUCUCGAAGAAAUUUGCUGAGGUAUCGGCAAGCAGGAGAACUGAAGCUGCUAAGUUUGCUCAGUUAUGGAAUGAAGUUAUUUGCAGUUUCAGGGAAGAAGACCUAAUAAGUGACAGGGAAAUGGAUCUGUUGCUUGUGCCUUAUACAUCUGAUCCGAGCUUAAAUUUAAUUCAGUGGCCCCCGUUCUUGCUUGCUAGCAAGAUCCCAAUAGCAUUAGAUAUGGCAGCCCAAUUUCGAACCCGGGAUUCUGAUCUCUGGAAACGCAUAUGCGCCGAUGAAUAUAUGAAAUGCGCUGUUAUUGAAUGCUACGAGUCAUUUAAACUGAUUCUGAAUGUUCUAGUCGUGGGGGAAAACGAGAAAAGGAUAAUCGGCAUCAUUAUCAAAGAAAUUGAAGGCAACAUUCGGAAGAAUACAUUUCUUGCAAAUUUCAGAAUGAAGCCUCUACCUACGCUUUGCAACAAAUUUGUGGAGCUUGUCAAUAUCUUGAAAGAGGGCGAUCCAUCUAAACGAGAUACUGUAGUAUUACUUCUGCAGGACAUGUUAGAAGUAGUGACCCAUGACAUGAUGGUUAAUGAGAUUCGUGAAUUGGUAGAGCUUGGACACGGUACUAAGGAUUCCGUCCCACGAAGACAACUUUUUGCUGGUACUGACCCAAAACCUGCUAUCGUGUUCCCUCCUGUUGCUACAGCGCAGUGGGAAGAACAGAUAAGGCGUCUCCACCUCCUUUUGACGGUUAAAGAAUCUGCGGUGAACGUGCCAACAAACCUCGAAGCGCGUAGGAGGAUUGCUUUCUUCACAAACUCCUUAUUUAUGGACAUGCCACGUGCUCCACGAGUUCGUAAAAUGCUCUCAUUCAGUGUUAUGACUCCAUACUACAGUGAGGAGACAGUCUAUUCUAAGAGUGAGCUUGAGCAGGAGAAUGAAGAUGGUGUAUCAAUUGUGUUUUACCUGCAAAAAAUCUUCCCAGAUGAAUGGAACAACUUCAUGGAGAGGCUCAACUGUAAAAAAUCAAGUGAGGUUUGGGGAAAUGAAGAGAACAUCUUGCAUCUCCGUCAUUGGGUCUCCCUAAGAGGACAAACACUCUGCAGAACGGUUAGAGGAAUGAUGUACUAUAGGAGGGCUUUGAAGCUUCAAGCUUUCCUCGAUAUGGCUACAGAGAGGGAGAUCUUAGAAGGAUACAAGGCAGUUACCGUUCCUUCAGAGGAAGACAAGAAGAGUCAAAGGUCUCUCUAUGCUCAACUGGAGGCUGUAGCUGAUAUGAAAUUUACGUACGUCGCAACUUGUCAAAAUUAUGGAAAUCAGAAGCGAAGUGGUGAUCGCCGUGCUACAGACAUUCUGAACUUGAUGGUUAAUAAUCCAUCUCUUCGUGUAGCGUAUAUUGAUGAAGUAGAAGAGAGUGAAGGUGGCCGUGUACAGAAGGUUUACUAUUCUGUAUUGAUCAAAGCUGUUGACAACUUGGACCAGGAAAUCUACCGUAUAAAGUUGCCAGGGGCAGCAAAGAUAGGGGAAGGGAAGCCUGAAAAUCAAAACCAUGCUAUAAUAUUUACUCGAGGUGAAGCCCUUCAAACCAUUGACAUGAACCAGGACAAUUAUUUGGAAGAAGCUUUCAAAAUGCGUAACCUUUUGGAAGAAUUCAAUGAGGAUCAUGGAAUCCGGCCACCUACAAUUUUGGGUGUUCGUGAACAUAUCUUUACUGGAAGUGUUUCUUCUUUGGCCUGGUUUAUGUCAAAUCAGGAAACAAGCUUUGUCACCAUUGGUCAAAGAGUUCUUGCAAGACCCUUAAAGGUUCGGUUCCAUUAUGGUCAUCCCGAUGUAUUCGACAGAAUUUUUCACAUUACUAGAGGUGGCAUUAGCAAGGCUUCUCGUGGUAUUAAUUUGAGUGAAGACAUAUUUGCUGGUUUCAACUCAACUUUACGGCGUGGGAACGUCACUCACCACGAGUACAUUCAGGUCGGAAAAGGACGAGAUGUUGGUUUUAACCAAAUAUCCCUCUUUGAAGCAAAAGUUGCUUGUGGUAAUGGAGAGCAAAUACUAAGCAGGGAUAUCUAUCGGUUGGGACAUAGAUUUGACAUGUUCCGCAUGCUAUCCUGCUAUUUCACGACAGUUGGAUUUUACGUCAGCUCAAUGAUGGUUGUCCUUGUAGUUUACGUUUUCUUGUACGGAAAACUUUACUUGUCAUUGAGUGGUUUGGAGCAGUCGAUUAUGAAAUUUGCAAAGGCGAAGGGAGAUGAUCCUCUGCAGGCGGCAAUGGCAUCACAAUCUCUCGUUCAGAUAGGUUUCUUGAUGGCCUUACCCAUGGUCAUGGAAAUUGGACUCGAGAGAGGGUUUAGGACUGCAAUGAGUGACAUAAUUAUUAUGCAGCUUCAGCUGGCAGCCGUCUUUUUCACGUUUUCUCUUGGAACAAAGACCCAUUACUUUGGACGUACAGUGUUGCACGGUGGAGCAAAGUAUAGAGCCACUGGACGUGGUUUUGUUGUCCGCCACGAGAAAUUUGCUGAGAACUACAGGAUGUAUUCAAGGAGUCAUUUUGUGAAGGGACUGGAACUGAUGGUGUUGCUGAUUGCUUACCGGAUAUAUGGCGCUGCCACUCCUGACUCCCGAUCUUAUGCACUCUACACUUUCUCGAUCUGGUUCUUGGUGAUAUCUUGGCUGUUUGGACCAUUCCUUUUUAACCCUUCGGGCUUUGAGUGGCAGAAGAUAGUUGAAGAUUGGGAUGACUGGUCAAAGUGGAUAAACAGCAGAGGGGGUAUUGGUGUUCCAGCAAGCAAGAGCUGGGAGUCGUGGUGGGAAGAGGAACAGGAGCACCUCCAAUCCACUGGGUUUUUUGGGAGGUUCUGGGAGAUUGUUCUUUCCUUCCGUUUCUUCCUCUACCAGUACGGGAUUGUUUAUCAUCUACAUGUUUCCAAUGGAAAUAAAAGCAUUAUCGUUUAUGGUCUCUCUUGGCUGGUCAUUGUAGCUGUUAUGAUCAUUUUGAAGAUAGUGUCAAUGGGUAGAAAGAAGUUCAGCGCAGAUUUUCAGCUAAUGUUCAGACUGUUGAAGUUGUUUUUGUUCAUUGGAGCCAUUGUGACACUCGGAAUCCUGUUUACGUUGCUCAAUCUCACUGUUGGAGACAUCUUCGCUAGCCUUUUGGCCUUCAUGCCAACUGGAUGGGCUUUAUUACAGAUAUCUCAAGCAUGCAAGCCUGUGAUGAAGGGACUAGGGCUAUGGAGCUCCAUCAAAGCUCUAGCAAGAGGGUACGAGUACGUGAUGGGACUCAUUAUCUUUUCUCCCGUAGCAAUUCUGGCCUGGUUCCCAUUUGUAUCUGAAUUCCAGACAAGGUUGCUCUUCAACCAAGCUUUCAGCCGAGGCCUUCAGAUUUCACGUAUUCUGGCUGGUGGGAAGAAACAGAACUAAAACAUUAUGCCCCAUUUAUUACCAAGUACUACCACGCUUGCUGAUCCUCACCCCAAGAGAGAAAAAAAUUGAAAGACAUCUUAAGAUGGAAAGUCAGUGAGCAGUAAAAAGGAAAGAUGGCAGCAUGCAUAUCUACACUGACGUAAAAAGAGACAUAAAAAGAGACAGAAAGAGAGGAAUAGAUAUUUUAGACUCUUGCAUUGGUUGUAUUUCCGGCAUUGAAUAAAUAUGAUUGUACGAUGUAAUAAUGAUAAUUAGAAAAAAACAAACCUUAAAUGUUAAUCAUAUGCGUUCUCUGCAGUAUCCAGUUAGUUCCUAUGUGAUGCAAGAUUAUAUUU